AUGAGGCCUUCUUCAGGAAGAAUCAAUGUCGCUGCGAGUGCUCAGAAGCGCGAUGUCGACAAUCGGUUCUCGCUCCGCUACUAUAAUCGCAUCGCUGAUAAUAUCCUGAAGCAGGCUGACAUCUUUCGAGAAGAGAAGAAUGUUAUAGAUUUAUAUGUCAUGCUCCUAAGGUAUUCAAGUUUGGUUUCUGAGACAAUACCAUGCCAUCGAGAUUACAGAGCGUCUUUACAGAGCAAUAAAAUUUCUCUGAAAAAGAAAUUGUUAAAUGCCCUGACUGAGCUGGAGGAAUUGAAGCCAGCAGUGCGACAGAAGAUUGAUGAAUUAAACAGAAAACAUACACAUCAAGUAAAUGGGUGGGGAAAUAGUCAACAAGGCAAUUCUUUGUAUUCCUCGAUGGACUGCACUCCUGGCGAAAAGAAAAAAUUGAUUAGUUAUGGUACAACUAAGACAAUACCAUGCCAUCGAGAUUACAGAGCGUCUUUACAGAGCAAUAAAAUUUCUCUGAAAAAGAAAUUGUUAAAUGCCCUGACUGAGCUGGAGGAAUUGAAGCCAGCAGUGCGACAGAAGAUUGAUGAAUUAAACAGAAAACAUACACAUCAAGUAAAUGGGUGGGGAAAUAGUCAACAAGGCAAUUCUUUGUAUUCCUCGAUGGACUGCACUCCUGGCGAAAAGAAAAAAUUGAUUAGUUAUGGUACAACUAAGACACCGCGAUCUGUUGCUCAACCACUGGUAUAUCAAGGCCCAAGAACUCAGCCAUUCUCACAUGCAAAGCCAGUAGAAGACCGAUUCCGGCAAUUAUCACUUAGUAUCCCACUUCCAAAGGCGGAAACUCUUUCCAGACAUUCUAUUUUGGGGCCAAAUGGGCUUCGUGGGCAGUGGCAGCCUCCAAGCAGUGAUAAAUGGGUCCAAUAUCCAAGCAAUAUAGACUUUACUCCAGUUGAAAUCCCAAGGGAAAACAGCCUUCAGCAGCCUGUGGAAGAUGGACCUUUGACAAAAAAAGACAGUAGCAGCUCAGACCAUGAAAGAUCAAAUUUGGAAUCAGUUCUUAAGGCAAAAGAUGAUGACCAAAAGCGUCAUGCUGAAGAACCUGGUUCCUUGAUUUCCUUUGACGCAAUAGAAACCCCUUUUCAAACAGAAAUUAUCAGACAACCUUCUCCCCCUCCUGUCUUAGCUAGUGUACAGGAUUUGAUCCCCACAACGUCACCCUCACCCUCAAUCGCCGAGGCAGAAUAUGCGAUGGAGAAUCCCUCCCUUGAUGGAUUAGUUUGUUCUGAAUCUCCCAUGCAAUUACACAUUUCAACGGCAUUGAUGGACAGCUUCAUGAAGAGGGCUCAGUCAAAUACAGACAAGAAUUUAGAAACUUGUGGUGUCCUUGCAGGGUCGCUUAAAAACCGAAAAUUUUUUAUUACUGCUCUCAUCAUUCCAAAGCAAGAAUCGACAUCAGACUCGUGUCAGACCACAAAUGAGGAAGAAAUAUUUGAAGUGCAAGAUAAGCAAUCCCUUUUUCCUCUAGGAUGGAUUCAUACUGUUAGCUUGGCAGGAAUGGACUGCUGGAAUGGUUAUAUUACAUUCCUGUUCAGCCAAGUUUCUCUGUCUGGGAUGCAAUACGAGACACAUCCUACACAGUCUUGUUUCAUGUCAUCAAUUGAUGUCCAUACCCAUUACUCAUAUCAGAUUAUGUUGCCCGAGGCCAUAGCAAUUGUCAUGGCACCGAAAGAUAGUUCAAGAACCCAUGGGAUUUUCCGGUUAACAACUCCAGGAGGCAUGUCAGUUAUCAGACAAUGCCCACAGCGUGGAUUUCAUCCACACGAUCCACCUCCAGAUGGUGGCCCCAUUUACAAACAAUGUACAGAUGUUUACUUGAAUCCUAACUUGAAGUUUGAAGUCAUUGAUUUAAGGGAAAUAUUGCUGUUUGGCCAUUUGGCUGUAUAUCUUCUUCCUGUGUACCAGGCUCCACUACUUGUUCUCUUCUGUCGGGAAGAUGUUAGCACUUUUGCUGCAAAUUUGGAUGGCCCUGCAGUCCAGACUUCUGUUCUCGCCCUUCUCCUUUGA